GAGGAACAACAGCCACCCUUCAAGACCCCGUCGAUACCCAGACCAAGCGGGUUAGAGAAGAUCUGUAACCAUGAGAGUCGAGACGUGCCAUUUUUGCAGCCGACCGGUCUACCCGUCCAAGGGGAUCACCUUCAACCGACUUGAUGGUCGUUCAUUCCGGUUCUGUCGUUCGAAAUGCCAUGCCAGCUUCAAGGCCCGCAGACAACCACGCAAGCUCAAGUGGACUAAGACGCAUCGCGCCAUGCGUGGCAAGGAGAUGAUUGUCGACUCGUCCCUCGUGCUGUCCCAGUUCGCGAAGAAGAGAAACGUCCCCGUCAAGUACGACCGCAACCUUGUGGCCGCAACCCUCAACGCGAUGGAGAGAGUGGAGGAGAUCAGACAACGCCGUGAGCGUGUUUUCACCAAGCGCAGAUUGGCCGGCAAGGUUGCUCGGGACCGCAAGCGCGAGGAGGACCGCAAGGUGGUUGCCGAGGGCGAACAUCUUAUUCGCAAGGAGCUGCGCGAGAGAGAGGAAGGCCAGCCGUUGGUUGCCGACCAAAAGGUUGCUGCCCCGGUGCUCGGCGAGAGGAAGCACCAACAAAAGAGGAAGACAAGACUGCUGGUGGAUGGCGGCACCCAGGAGGAGAUGGAUGUCGACUAAAGGGUGCCUUUUUUUUUGGAUCUUUUCUUACUAUCAUUCGUGCAGAUUCUUUGUUUACUUGUCGCAUGUUAUCCACGGCCACUGGAUGGAGUUUGGUUUAAUUUUCUAGUCCCCUUACACAUGAAACAGAGUAAUGACUGAUAUCUUCCAUAUGAAUAAAUGCAUAUGAGCCCAGUCGAGGGGCUGGUUGACUGAUCCUAGUGAAUAUGCCG